UCCAGCUGCUGAGCGGAGUGGAGCGCACAGCACAGCGGACACACCAAACUCAUUCCUCCACUGGACUGUGGUUUACCUUUAAUCUGAAUGAGAAUCUCUGGGCGGAGGACACAGAAACAUGAAGCGACAGCGCGGUUCUUUAUCUUUACGGGGAGCUUUAUCUAUAUUUUUCGUUGUAGCGCUGCUGGAGCCCGGAGCUGCCGGUAUGCCCCCCUUUUUCCAUAUGAAUCAGCUUUGUAAGUUUUGUGAUCUGGAGCUUUCUUCCUGUAACGGUACAGGGACCUGCAUGUCCAACUGCUCCAUCACAUCCACCUGCAUUGACCGCAACGAGGUCUGUGUCGCUAUCUGGAGGAAAAAUGAGACCAACUUCUCCAUGGAAACACUCUGUCAUGAUCCAUCCAGGCCACUGUAUGGUGUUAUGCUGGAGGACUACAACAGCUCCACCUGUGUGAUGAAGGAGAAGAACACAACAAUUGGGAUGGCUCACUUUUGCUCCUGUACUGAUGAGGAGGAGUGUAACGACAAACUGUCAUUCUCCCCCAUUGUGGAUCCAACUCCAGACAAUCCGUUGGUGUCGGUGAUCCUGGUGAGCCUGCUGCCACUCCUGCUGGUGUUGAUCGUGGUUGUGGGCAUGUUCUACUGGUACAGAGCCCAUCGGCAGCGUAUGCUCAACCAAGAAUGGGAGAGCAGCAUUAAGAAGCGCAAGUCAAAAGCCGGCGGGUUGGACUGCAGUGACGCCUGCGCCAUCAUGAUGGAUGAUGACAGGUCAGACAGCAGCUCGACGCACGCCAACAACCUGAACCACAACACUGAGCCGCUGCCUAUAGAGCUGGAUCUACUGGUGGGAAAAGGUCGUUUCGCACAGGUAUACAAGGCUAAGCUGAAGCAGACCACAUCAGAUCAGUUUGAAACAGUGGCUGUAAAGAUCUUCCCCUAUGAGGAGUACGCCUCCUGGAAGAACGAGAAGGACAUCUUCUCUAAUACAGACCUCCGACAUGAGAACAUCCUCCACUUCUUGACAGCUGAGGAGAGGAAGGUGGAGAAACAGUACUGGCUUAUCACUGCCUUCCACCCCAGAGGAAACCUACAGGAGCAUCUGACACGUCAUGUGAUCAGCUGGGAGGAGCUGCAGGUGCUGGGCAGCUCUCUGGCCCGAGGUGUCGCUCAUCUCCAUAGUGACCGCCUCCCCUGUGGAAGGCCUAAGGUGCCCAUAGUCCACCGAGACCUGAAGAGCUCCAAUAUCCUGGUGAAGAACGACCUGUCGUGCUGCCUGUGUGACUUUGGGCUGGGACUCCGUCUGGACAGCACCCUGUCUGUGGAUGACCUCGCCAACAGUGGACAGGUGGGCACAGCACGUUAUAUGGCUCCGGAGGUGCUGGAGGCUCGGCUCAAUCUGGAGAACAUCGAGUCCUUCAAACAGACUGACAUUUACUCCAUGGCUCUGGUGCUGUGGGAGAUGACGUCGAGGUGUGAAGCUAUCGGAGAGGUGAAGGACUACGAGCCUGCUUAUGGCUCUAAAGUGCGAGAGCACCCCUGUGUGGAGAGCAUGAAGGACAACGUGCUGAGAGACAGAGGAAGACCUGAGAUCCCUGACACCUGGCUCAGGCAUCAGGGCGUAGCAGUGAUCUGCGCCACCAUCAUGGAAUGCUGGGACCAUGACCCCGAGGCCCGUCUCACCGCCCACUGCGUCUCCGAACGCAUCUCCGAGGUCGAGGACGAGAUGGACAAACUGUCCAGCCGCAGCUCCUCAGCAGAGAAGAUCCCCGAGGAGCUGAAAAUUCCGAUGGUGGAGGUGGAGAUCCCUGAGGAGGAGGUGAAAAUCACAGAAAUACAGGACAUCAUAGCUGCGGACUGCUCCGUGAGCGACGAGAAGUGAGAGGAAGCUCAACAUCUCCAUGGACUCUGAGGGAGAUUUUCCUCAACAAGGGCCCUUAUUUCAUUUUGAUGGGAUUUGAAGACAGAAACCUCAACAGUGGGGAUCAGGAGUUGAGCUCCUGGAUCGCAGGACUUUGAGCCAGGUUGAGUUACGUUACAGUGUCAUACCUAAUUCUAGCCCAGAGAGGAAGAAGAGGCUUUUAAGACAAACUCUGGGUGAUGCUUUUGGAAGUCACUGCAUCAAAAAUGUAACAACUCGCCUUAAUCAGCUGAAAAGCUAAAGAGCCAAAAAGCCAAAGUUAACUGGAAGCUUCCAAAGAUGUGCUGAGCAUGGAGACAGUAUUUUUUUAAGAGUCAGACAGGCUUCUCUCUGAGCGAAAGGUCACUCUCUUUAUGAGAAGUAAACAGGGCAAUAACUAUUAAACCAAAGAAAUUUGACGUGCACUUUACCAUGUGAUACUUAUGCAUUACAGAUGUUUGUCAUUUUAUUAUCUUCAUGUAUUCUAACGUGUUGGAGUUAAGGAGAGCUUUCGCCUAAAAGUGCCUUUAUGUGUCCGACUUUGAGCCAAAAAUGUCAGCAGAGAUGUUGCCUUAACACUAAUGAUGCUGUGGACUCCAUCCUCACCAGCAGGAAAUCAAAGGAAUGUGUGUAUGUGUGUGUGCGUGAUUGAGAGUGUGUGUGUGUGCUCGUGUGUGCAACUGUGUUGUUUUUACCCAGCUAUACUUGUUUGCCAGAUAAACAAGCACAAUGUACAUAGAGACAAUAACUGUACAUAAGAGACAAAUCAGCCAAAAAGGGAAAGUAAUCCUACUACUUAUCUUUGAAUGCAGAGAUUAAAAGACUUCAUAGAGAUGUAUUUUUUAAAACAUUUUGUAUGUUUUCUGUCUAUAUCAACAAUAAAAACUGAGGAGUGUGCCAAAGAUAUUUUACCCUGCCUUACUUAUGUGUCAUAUGUAAAAUAUUGUAAAUCUUUUAUGAAUUAAAGAUAUUUCUGUAUACUGA